AUGGGACAAUGUCAUGCUGUGGGCAAUAAGGGAAAUUUUCAUUUUAAAAUAGAUCAGAAAUGUUCUGUGUUUGAUGUUUUUAAAGAAAGAGAUGAUCUCUAUGGGGAUCUUUACUUAUUAAUCAAAAUUGAUGAAAUCUUACUAAUUAGACAAACAGAGGAGAGGUUGUUACCAGAUUUUCAACAGCCAUAUAUUUUACUAGCCGAGGGGUCACUGUCUGCCGUCAAACAUCAAAUACCACUGAUAGAGUCUGUUUUUAAUAAAUAUGGUGUUGAUGUAAAGUUUCAUGUUUCAGAUGGUGUACACAAUACAGCUCAGCAUCGUAAACUACGAGAAGUAGGAGAUCUUUAUGACAGUAUUGGUUGGUCCAUAUUACUCUGUUUAAACAACUCUAGUCCAACAGAACCCUGUUACGACAUGGCUGAUAGACUCUUCCUUAAACAACAUCAACGGGUGAAUGUAAUACCUGAAUUACAGGAGAAAAUACAAGAUAUACAGUCACUGUGUUUUACUACAUCUACCUCUCAAACAGGGAAAUGGUUGAAUAACAGUGGUCUAGAUUGUGCUGUAUUUCCUGAUAAAGAGAAUAAAUUAUCUAUAAAAUGUCAGAAUCAAUCAGUGUAUAUGAUGGAUAAGAUGUCCAGUCAGUCUCGUCUCCUACCUUGUCAACAUUUAUACAAUAACAGAGCUGCAGACCCUGUGAAAACCUCCAGUGUAGGUAUUCUACUACCAGAGAAUUUAUAUCACCUGAAUGAUGAACCACUGGUAGCCAUGUUUAAUAUUCUAGUCAUGUCUUUCUCCCCGUUACGAGUCUAUCUUCACCCACAGGGACAGGCCUGGGACGGUUUCACAGCUUUCAUUGACAGAAAGCCAUUGAGAACAUUAACUAUAUCAGAAUUACAGUCAGUGAUUUCUGAUUUAAAAGGUUACGACCACUCUAGAGUUAUAAUAAACCAACUACAAGAUCUAAUAGUUACUACCUUGAUGAAUUUAGAGGCUUUACAUUGGUUAAACAACAACAGAAUCAGAUGUCCAACUUGUUUCCAGUGGCUAGAAAUGGUCACAGUUUUUAAUACAACAUUUCACCCGUUUAUUCUACAGAUACGAUCCUCGUCCCAUCACGGUAAACAAUCAUCAUUAAACGAAUAUCUCGUUCAUCAGAAAAUACUGGACAAUCUGGCAGCCAUGUUGGUUUCCAAGACAACUGUUACUAUGGAUGUAGGGAAGGGGUUACAUGAACUGGGAUUAACUCAGAUUUUAGGGAAUCAACAAGUAUGUAAUAAGGAGAGGUCUGUUUGUUUGAUGGAAGAUGAUUUACAUUUUAUUUUAAAAAAUAGGCAAGAACACAUUAAUAUGGGAAACUUUAUUAAGCUGUAUCCACUAACAACAUCAGUAAAAUAUACCAAGAUAUUGAAAUCUCUAUACACAGAUAUUAAUAAUACAUCAGAGAGUUUCGAACCCUGGGCACAGCAACCCCAUUCCACACUAUAUCUUCAUUCCGUGUUGUUAAGUUUAGAAAGAUUUUACGCCAAUGUUGAUAAAGAAGAUAGAAUAGAAAGAUAUGAUGAUAUGAACAUUCCUAUUGAUUCCAAACAACCAGUAAAAGAUGGUGUUGUUAAAAUUGUAGAAAAAUCAGAAGAAAAGCUUCCAAUCAGAAGAAUUGAGGAUAAUUUUACCAAACCACCCUGUGAUAAAGAUCCAUCCAGUAUGCCUUAUUUAGGUCACUUAUCAACAGUGCCACCUGUAGAACUAGAACCAGAGUUCUCCCCCUUUCUAACUGACUAUACGGCCACUGUGGGUUAUAAUACAUUGUUGAUGAAGGUCAUGGCCUUUGCUAAAAGUUGUUCAUCCCAGGCUAGGCUGGAAGACAAACAAGGAGAUAGUGGAAUCUCCAACAUCACCCUGGGGAUUGGUGAGAAUAAAAUCUGGAUAUUUAUAGUUGAUACGAGCCACAGUGAUACGUGGGUGGUUAACACGUAUACCAUCUUAAUAACACGGCACGGUCCAGAUAUACCUCAACCCUUUAUACCAACACAAUAUUAUCAGAUCUGUUCUCUAAAACAGGAUUGUUCACUGCCGUUUUCUAUGUGGGAUGCAUGUGGUCUUCAACAAGUUAACAGUAGAUCAAGUUGGAGUCAAUUUAUAGAGAAUCUACAGUCAUCAUUACCAACGUGUUCUACAGGCAGUGCCCCAGGUGAAUGGUACGUACCUUGUAAUCAGUGUCGAAACGAGUCCAGUUGUUUCUGGAACAAAGCAAGAUGGCAACCAUACUCGUGUCAACACCCUGUCAUGGAGAGAGAUUCUCUUAAACAAUGUUUUAUUGAUAAAAAAGUAUUAUUUAUUGGAGAUUCUACCAACCGAGGAAUUCUACAUUACGUUACAGAACAGGUUAAUGGAACACUGUUAGAGUGGGAUAAAACUCACAAUCUGAAAGUUUACUCAAAUCUUAACGACAACCAAACCAUGUUCAGCUUCGCAUAUUACCCACAAUUCUGGUUACCAGCAGAACAUCGCCCGGUGUUUGAUAAAGCUUUAUAUCAACUGAUGAAACGGAGUAUGCCUCUACAGAAUAAUAGUAAUACAGUUUUAGUAAUUGGAGGUGUACAUUGGUUAGGCAAACAUCAUAUAGACGUAGUGAAUAAAGCAUUAAAUAGAGAAGGUUUAACUGGGAUUAGACUGGUAAUAAAAGGGUUAGGAGCAGGUUUUCAUCAACCUGUUAGUGGUGUUCAUUGUUUAACACAGUCUGAUCAUGAGAAGUUAUUGAACCAUAAUCGUGUUUUACUAGAUUACGCUUCUAAAAAUAGAUAUCAUGUUAUCGACACGUUCAAUAUGACCAUGGCCAGAUAUAAAGAUUUCCUGCAGGGCAAGUGUGCCUGUCAUUUUCACCGGGUAUCACUAGUAAAAGAAAAUACAAAAACCAGACAUUCUGUUGACCAGCCUCAAUAUCAUGUAGAAGGGGAGAUAAAUGCUGUUUAUUCAGAGAUGACUAUAAAUGAGAUUUGUCGUCCAGGAUGA